AUGUCAAAUUCAUCUGAAAAUCCAAAAGAAAUUUUUAAGGGACUCAUUCUUGAUUCUUUAGAAAAGGAUGGAUUCAAACUCUGGCCACAAAUUUCGGAAAUCCUUUCUAGAAGAUUUUCAAAGAAUAGGAAUUUGUUAACCAAAUUUGCAAUCAUAAUUCCUGUAGUUGGACUUGGAGUUGGACUUGGAGUUUGCGUUGCCGAAAGUUUUGCAGAAUUGAAAGAUUUGUCUCCAUUAAAAAAGAAUAUGAAGAAAAUAUUUCUUGAUAGUAAAGAUAAUGAAAAAUUAAAAUCAUUUCUUAGAGGGUUUGAAUUGGCUCGACAAAUGUUCAAAGACAGUUUCAAGCAUUUCGAAUUCUCCGUUAACUUAGUUGAUGAGACAUGUCUUGAAAGUUCAAAAUCUUUGCAUAAACUUUUGACCGUUACCUACGGAAAUGAACAUGUUAUUUUAGAAUAG